AUGGCAAUGGCAUAUUACUUUGCCGCGCACUUCAACGUGUCCAACAACCACAUGAGCGAUAACGCCAUAUCAACAACAACCACAUUUCCCCUGCACACAUCACCAGCAGGAGAGCAAACACACCACCCUACCACACCCUCAAAACGGCUCCCGACAGCCUCACAAAAACAAUCAAUCUUCUUCCUUCUCCCCGCCGAACUCCGCAACCAAAUCUACGACUACCUUCUCUGCGCCAAUACCCCCAACCGCAACUCCCUAGUCGCCUACUCCCAACAGCGCAGUCACGCACCCCAACCCAUCUACCCAGCCAUCCUGGCCACCUGCAAACGAAUCCACAACGAAGCCCAGGACCUCCUCUACUCAACCCACGUCUUCCAAGCCCACCCUUCCCUCCUAACAUCCCUCCCUCACCUCGUCUCGCCAUGGAAACCCCUCCUCGACGCCUCUGCAAUCGCCAAGAUCCGACGCUGGUACCUAUCCGUGCGUCUGGAUACCGACCCACGGUUUACAGAGAAGCAGGCGACAGCUGCAUUUAGCGGGGCGGAGUAUCUCGAGAUUCAUGCGUGGCAGAGUAUGUUUGAUGGGUGUGACGAUUCGGUUCUACGGCUUUUUGCUGGGAUCAGGGGGGUUAGGGUUGCAAGGGUGACGGGGUGUGCGCAGGCGGAGUUUGCGGCGUGGUUGGAGGGGCAGAUGAUGAGGCCGGUUGAGGAGGAGGAGGAGAUGGAGGUGGUAGAUGAGAGGUGUAGUUGUGCAAAGGGAGUUUGUGGGAAGUGUGGAGAGAGGAUUGUGUGUGAGGAGAAGAAGGCGGUGCCGUGGAUUGGGCAGGAGAGGGGUGUUUGGACUUUUGGGAAUAGAUGA